AUGAUAUAUGAGAUUUGUGGUCAUCAUGGACGAGGAUAUCAGGGCACCUAUAUGACAGUCAGAAUCAUUCCCACCGUUCACCCCAUUAGAGACGGCCUCGCAAAUGUGUACACGCGGCGCUGCUUGUCCUCCGAGGAGAGCGCAGCUCCUGCGAACGCUCAGAUUGUGCAUUCUGGGCAGACGUGUGUGGUGAAGGAGGACAACAUCAGUGAAAGGAUCUACACCAUCAGAGAAGGGGACACUUUAGUUCUGCAGUGUCUGGUCAAAGGACACCCGCGGCCUCAGGUGCGGUGGACCAAGACAGCAGGCAGUGCUUCCGACAAGUUCCAGGAGACGUCCAUCUUCAAUGAGACCCUGCGGAUCCCCAACAUCCAGAGAGUGCAGGGCGGCCGCUACUACUGCAAAGCUGAGAACGGGGUGGGGGUGGCUGCCAUCAAGUCCAUUCGCGUAGAUGUGCAGUAUCUGGAUAAGCCUGUGCUCACGGUGCACCAGACGGUGGGUGAUGUACGAGGGAACUACUAUCAGGAGAAAACAGUGUUUUUACGUUGCACGGUAAACUCCAACCCUCCUGCUCGCUUUAUCUGGAAACGAGGAAAUAAACAAAUCGAACAGAGCAAAGACAAUGGAGUGGAUAUCUACGAGCCUCUGUACACACAGGGCGAGACAAAGGUGCUGAAACUGAAAAAUCUCCGUCCACAGGACUUUGCUAAUUACACCUGUCAGGUGUCCGUCCGGAACGUGUGCGAUAUUCCAGACAGCUCCGUCACCUUUCGCCUCACCAACACCACUACACCCCCUGCUCUAAAGCUGUCUGUUAAUGAGACGUACGUGGUGGACCCAGGCCAAGACGUCACUCUGUCGUGUGAGGUAACAUCAGGCUUCCCCACGCCUACGGUCAGCUGGUCGCGGUACCCUGGAUCCCUCCCUCAGCGCUCCAUGAUCCGGGGCGGGUCCCUCACUCUCCGGUCCGUCACUCCCGCUGAUGCCGGUGUCUACAACUGCACAGCCGUAAACAAUGUGGGAAACCCUGCGAGAAGAACCGUCAACCUCGUUGUGAGAUCCAUGAAGAACUUAACGUUCCAGAUCACGCCGGACUCGAACAAAGACGGCGAGAGCAUACAGAUGGGUCGAGACCUCAAACUUUCCUGCCACGUCGACGCUCAGCCUCAGGACAAGGUGAACUACACCUGGUACAAGAACGGAGCUCUCAUCUUCCCCACCGACAGCCUCAUUGUGCUGCGCAGCGACCCGGACAUGCCGGCCGGUACCAGCAGCCUUGAAAUCGUGGACAUGAAGUUCAGAGAUCAGGCCACCUACAGCUGCGUAGCCAACUUCCCCGGGAGCAGCGUUCCUGAGCUGAGAGUGGACGUGAACAUCACGCAGAGCAGCGUCGUUCCUCCUGUUCUGAGUGUGCCAGUCGGAGGGGGUGUGGUCAAUGUCAGUGAGGGCGGGCCUGCAGAGCUUGUGUGUUUGGUCGAUGGUAAGCCCCGUCCACCCGUACUGUGGUCUCGUGCAAACAAGGACCUGCCCAUGCCAUCGGGGGAUUGGGUGGUGGAAACACGCGAUGGACGUUUGCGGCUGACCAAUGUAACUCGGGACAUGAUGGGGGCGUACCGCUGCCAAACCGCUCCGUACAACGGCCUAAACAUAAAACGCCGACAGGCUCAGGUUCAGCUCAACGUGGAGUAUCCUCCCGUUGUGGAUCCAGUCCUGCUGGAUGUCCGUUCUCAAACGUUUUCGACAGUCAAUCUCCGAUGCCUGAUUCUCAAGUCCAAUCCAAACCGAAUAGCCAACGCCCGCUGGUAUCGCAAUGGGUUGCCCGUCCGAACCCCAACGGUGGACCCUCAAAGUGUCCCUCAGCUCAGGUUCAAACUAGACACCACUAACAACGGCACUUACGAGUGCAAAGUGAACAAUGGAGUCGGGACCUCAACCUGCACCUUCGUUGUGUCUGCUCAGCCGUAUAAUGCAGAGUUUUACUACGACACUCCAAACCCCAUUCGCACCUUGAAGAACAAUUAUUCCUACAAUUUACAAUGGACACAGAAAGAGCCCGGCGCUGUCGACAAAAUCAUCGGCUACUGGAUCAAUGUCCAACAGAACCGACAGACGAUUUUGUCCAAACAGAUCACCACUAAAGAGCCGGUGAAAGGUGUGCUGAUGUCUUACACGCUGACGGACUUACGUAUUCCUCUGUCGUAUGAGGUCAGCCUCACUCCCAUAACCAGCUUCGGCACCGGGAACACAGUGACGCGCAGCAUCCAGUACUCCGAGCCCUACACUUACCCAAGACCUUCAGAUCAUGUGUGUGGGUUUGAGGACAUUAGGAUAUGUGGGUUCACUCAAGACCGCAGCGAUGUGUUUGACUGGACCAGACAGAACCAUCUCACACAGAACCCCAAACGAUCGGUCAAUACAGGACCGGAUACAGACAGGAGUGGGACAAAAGAAGGUUACUACAUGUACAUCGAGACGUCAAGGCCGCGUCAAGCCGGGGAUCGAGCUCGUCUUCUCUCUCCAUUGUACAAUGUUACGGCGGCCAGAGGACCAACAGGGACCACCAGAACCCCCUAUUGUGUCUCCUUCUACUACCACAUGAACGGAAAACACAUUGGUACUCUCAAUGUUUUGAUGAGGGUGAAGAGCAUCGCCAUUGUGGAUUCGGCCGUCUGGACUCUCUCCGGACACCAGGGGCCCGAAUGGAGGAAGGCAGAUGCUGAGAUCUAUCCGAGCGGACCCUUCCAGGUGGUGUUCGAAGGUAUCCGUGGAAACGGCUUUGAGGGAGACAUCGCUAUCGAUGACGUUUCUGUUACCAAGGGGAAAUGCAAACAAAAGGAUAGCGUGGACAAAACAGCAGUUCUGUCUGGGACACACCAGAGUCUUCACCUCCUUCCUGAGAUCGUCCAGCUGCUCUGCACCAUCUGUCUGACAUUCCUCCUCAGAUGAUACAGAUACCCCUCAGCACACACACGGCCAGCGUAGGACACCCCCCCUGCGGCAGCAAUAAGUACUGCCCCAACACGUGACCACCCUUCCUGCUACUGCCUCCUUCACUUCCUCCUGUUUCUCAUUCCCUAGCUCAAGUCUACCUUUUCUUUGGUUUCUCAUCAUCUUUGCGGUCACUUGUUGAGCUUGUGUUUGCUAAGUGGCGCCUUUUAUGUUUUAUGUAAGCAUAAGUCUGUUUGAUUUUCUGCAUUUCUGUCUAUGUGUCUUGACGUCUUCAUCUCAGUCGUCCCCUGUGUAUGUAUCUGACACACCAAAGUGUCAAUUAUUACCAAAGAUGACGGAGGGCUUACAGGAUGAACAGACGGCUGAAAGAGCAACAAGGAUGACCUUUCCCCAAAUGAACUACUCUUUCCACAGACUCAAGUGCAUGGAGAUGUGAUUUCCUUAAGACGCUAUGAUUGCAAGGAAUAACUUGAGCCGGAGCGGAUGAGUGAAACAGGUGGUCUCGAAGUUUCCGACGACCUGCACGUGUACAUGAUAUAUUGGAAAGUAUCAAGCUGCAGAAAGGACAAACGGACUGCAAACUGCAACUUCUAGGACUAUGAAAAUGUGAAACUAAAGAAGCACAAAUUUAUAUCUUUUUUUUUUUUGUAGUUAUUUUGGUUCCUUUACGUGGUAUACCGUCAGUCUGGGUUUGCUGUACACUUCUCGUCUUUUGGCUUUCUUUAGCAGAAACCGCGUGCCACUGCUGCAUUGCCGUUCAGUUCGUAACGGGGUGGAAUUCGAUUCAGAAAAACGACACAAUGUGAACUUUGGACCAGAAGAGCAUCAGUUACCUCACCCUCACUCUACGAGAACCAUAAAGCACCUGGACUUAUGAGAAUGAUCACUUUCAGCUUCAGUCAAACUGCCGGGAGAGUGUUGACUGGGUCGGUCGUUCUCGCUCAGCAAUAGGACCGUACCUCUAACUGCAAUGGAUAUGAUUCGGGCACACAGACUCCAAAAGAUGGACGCCUCUGGACAGAUAAACUCCACUCUUGGCUGUAAGGAUCAAGAAUGUCAUUUUGCAUAGUGUUAGAGAGAAAUCGCAUGUACAUGCAAGCUCUUUAAGGGUUGCCAUUGACAAACUACAGACAUAUUUUAUUUUAGAAGUUUUGAGAUGACAAGCAGUGUUGAUGUGACAAGUUAAUCUAUAAGACGCAAUGUUCAUAGUAUAAUAAUGCUGCAUUCCAUUUGCAUCGGAAAGUUGGACUUUCUAGCUUCCUACUUGGAAAAUUGCAAUAGAAUGCCAUUCGAGGUUGAAAACCACAGCUUUUGGUAAGAUGGCGGCAUCCAGUAAAGUGCACACAUUUCUAAGCAAAUAAAAUACAUCGAUAGGUCAAAGUUCCUGCAUUAAACGAUGAUCAAACACAUCUGCAGGUAAACGAUCCUCUAAGAUGGUAAUCAUCCACCUGCAGAACAAAUGCUAGAUCAUUGAUCCACUAAUAUGGCUGCUAGGGACUUCUUUGUUGACAAUCAAGAUCUGGACAGCAAACGGUAGCAUUGCCAUUUUAUUUUCUCGUGCAUCCUUUUCCGAACUUUAGAGGAGCGCCUUAAAGUCGGAGACGUCGAGUAGGAAUGUUCCACGUCUGGCUUUGAAUGGAACGCAGCAUAAGUCACAGAUGCCGAUGGGUUUAAGAUUCAGAUGCAAUACGUUAUGGAUGAUUUUAUGUAAACGAAAAAAAAAAAAGUAGGCUACCUUCCCUGGAACUCUUUUUAAAAUACGUCACAUUACGUAAAAUAACAUUUAAGCACAUGGUUACGGUUCAGUAGCAAUAUGUGACUGUCAAAACAUGUAAGGGCCGCCUGUGUUCGGUCCUUUUUGAAGUAUGUUUUAUCACAUUUAUCAUCAGUGCAAGGUAAGGGCAGGCACAGAAUUAUAAGAGCGUAUGAUGAAAAGAAGGAACCAUUUGUGCCUCUGUUUGAGUGUCCUUUAUCGGAUUCGCGUAUGCUUAGAUGUUACGGUGCAAUCGUAUAUCCAGUAUAUAUUUCAAUUGCUUUGCUCUAGUAUUACUCAUACUGGUAGUUCCAUCCACAGUGGAGCUUUAAGGUAAGUCUGUUUACAAUCAUAAAAUGCGCAAAAUGAUUUUCCGGCUUGUAUUAUACGCUCGUGCUCAUAUUUAACCAGUUCAUAUUUAUCCUAACGUGGCGUACGUCUGUCGCUGUUGAAGAGAUUAUCAUAGACUCGCUCCUCAGGUAAUUCCAUAGGUAACAGGGACAGGGCCUGGAAUGAUUCAACCCCAGUCCAGGUUCUCCUACAGUAAAAGACACUCCCGCGGCUGUAAUACUGUUCCUCCUGUAUGUUACCGUAAACGCUCUGAACUCUUGCACAAUGCCUUCACUACAUGUCAUGUAUAACCAGCUAUCGUUUAUAAUCCAUGCUACGUUUAGUAGAACCUACUACAGGACACGAACGAUUAGAUUUAACUCAAGAAGGGAGACGAGAUAAGUGGAGGGUUACGCCGUUUUCACGUGGCAGGAUAGCGUGCGUUUACGUAUUCUUUUAGAUACCCUGUCGUGUGUUUCGGUGACAUCCAGAUAUUAUCCAGAAGCCGUCGUCCAUGUCCAUGAUUGUUUGUGUCAUUCUUCGUUUUUUGUAUUCAAACCGUGUCCGAUUGUUUCAUUUAAACGGAUCCGGUCUGCAUUUUAUUACUACGGUUGGAGUCGGGAUCUAAAUGCUGUGCAAUAUAAGACGGAAAAGUUUUAACAUGCAAUUCGAAAAUGUCGAAGCUCACGUAACACAGGAAGUGCACCAUCACCCCUGAUGAUGAGCUAAUGAACGUGAAUGUAAUCUAAUUAGAAUGUGAAAUCUUACUGGCCGACCUUCUUUGCAUUGUAAAUGUGCAAAAUUCAGUGGAAUGGAUUUAAAUAUGGCACGAUGUGUUAAAUGGAGAUGGAAGAGCAUUGCAUAGUAAUAUCAGCUUAAUAACAUUAGCCAAAAUACAGUGUAUAGUAAAUGAAAGGGUUAUGUAAAAAUCGUCUGGAAAUUCCACGUUCACAUUUUUCUUGGCUGCAUUCACAGAUUACAACAGAACAUACGAAGUUUGAAAGCAUCUUUAAGAAUGACAUUUUCUAAAAUGGUUGACCUUUUGGAAUACUGAAAUAUUUCACACUUAAAACUAUGGUUUGGGUGUUUUUCUUGCAUUCCAGUCUCAUGCUACGGUUAUACAAUUUUUAUUAAUUGCAUUUUUAUGUUUUGUUUUGUGAAUGUAGCCUCUAUCUGAAGCUCUCAUCACACACGUGAGGGUUGAGCUCAUCUUGUUGCAAUACAUUUAAUCUGGCAUUCGUAUUUCGUACGUGAAGAUCGGGGGCCAAUGAGAAGGUCAUGCUACCAAUGGGAAAUCAAAUAGCGACGUCUUUUCAAACUCAUCUAUUACCAUUGUCUUCUGAUAACACAUCCAAGAGUAUGAUUUAAAUACGAUCGGCUAAUUAAGCAUAAUAACACAUGUAGCAUUAUCUCUGUGAAUGGAGUUAGACGUCAGUAGAGAAAGUACAAUAAGAAAGUCAGUAGAUUCCCAUUUGAAGCACUGAAAGUUCACCAGAUCUUACUGCCACAUGCCCUUCUAGCUACUAUUGCUGCGUUAUACUUUAAAUAUUGAGAGUACAGGGGUGAACCUCAAAAAAACAGCCAGGACAUUUCAUUAUAAACUAUUUAGGGAAAAAAUAGAUAUGUGGUAGGAUAUGGAAAUCAAGCUUACAAUUUGUAUUAUUAUUAUUAUUUUGACAUUUUGUGACUGUUAUUAUUAUUUUCAUGUUUCAUUUCAAUGACUGCCACUUCUGUAAUACAGUAAAAAUUAACAUAAUACAAUAACCUAGUGUAACAAAGCACUAGUUAAAGGCAUGAAACACUACCAUGCAGAUUGCUAUUUUUGUUUUUUUGGCAUUAAUGGGAACGUGGGAGUACAAUGUACUUGUACAUUUCAAACCUCAUUUAACGAUUUUUAUUGAUUCACCUGUGCAUUUAAUAAAAUACAAAAAAAUCCCUUGAGCAAACCCGAAGAUCCGUGAAAGGCACGCUGAAGAGCGUUGAUUCGAUCAGAUCCGAUCGGCUGUUCUGCCGUAUGCAAAGCGUUCAGACCAGAGAGAGAGUUUCUGUUACUGUUUUUCCGUUUAUGUGUUUUAUUUGUUUGUUUGUUUUUAGAUAUACCGGUGCACAAGUGAGAGAGCAACUUGUAGUGCUGGAUGUUGUAUAUUCUCUGUCAUGUAAUGAACUAUUUUAGAGGAAAAAUAUAUUUGAAAUAUGACUCCAAGAUGUAUAAAUAAAUAACCACGAAAGAUC